GUCGCGGAACCGGACCGAGUGGUUGGCAAAUCAGCAACAGUUUAGCAGAGCAGCAGCGCAUUCCGCCACCAUUGCUGAAAAAAGUGAAAUUUGUUUAGGUUUUUUCCCGUUUUUGGUGAUUUGCUAGUGCUUGAAACUAGAGUCCCGUACUGAGAAACCAGCGAACAUUGACAAGCGGGUGAAAUGAGUGGUCCUUCGAACCAACCAUCCGGAAGUGGUGGUGGCGCAGGACCAUCGGCGGGGCCGCCGGUGUCAGUGCAGGAAUUCAGCAUCCGGGUGCCGAAAAACCUCAAGAAGAAGUACCACGUUAUGCGCUACAAUGCCACGUUGAAUGUGGACUUUACGCAGUGGCGCACGGUCAAGAUGGAACGGGAGAACAACCUGAAGGAGUUUAAGGGUCUGGACGAGGACAUGCCCAAGUUUGGGGCCGGGUCGGAGUUUAACCGGGAUCUGAGGGAGGAGGCCCGCCGGAAGCGGUACGGGAUCAUUGCGAAGAAGUAUCGGCCGGAUGCGCAGCCUUGGAUUCUGAAGGCUGGCGGAAAGAAGGACGGGAAGAAGUUCCGGGGGAUUCGGGAAGGCGGAGUAGGUGAGAAUGCGUCGUUCUAUGUGUUUACUCAUGCGCCGGACGGGGCGAUUGAGGCGUACCCGUUGAACGAGUGGUACAAUUUCCAGCCGAUCCAGCGGUACAAGGCCCUAUCGGCGGAGGAAGCGGAACUGGAGUUUGGCCGGAGGAAAAGGACGAUCAACUAUUUCUCGUUGAUGUUGAAGAAGCGCAUGAAGAAGGAUGAUGAUAUUCCAGAGGAUUUGGAGGAGACGAAGGGAAAGAAGGGUGGAGUUGGUAAGGCCAAGGAUCUGAAGAUUAGCGACAUGGACGAGUGGAUCGAUUCGGAUGAGAUGAGUUCCGACGACGAUGAUGACGGCGAAGGGAAGACCAAGGAGAAGGACAGCGACGAUGAGGCGGACAAGAAAGCCAAGAAUAAGAAGGCGUUGGCCGAUAAGAAAAAGAAGAAACGAGACGUCGAUGAGGAAGCCUUUGAGGAAUCGGACGAUGGAGAUGAGGAAGGCCGGGAAUUGGACUACAUUUCGGAUUCUUCCGAAAGCGAGUCGGAACCGGAGGCCAAGGUAAACAAGGAACUUCAGUCAGUAGCUGAGGAAGAUGCCUUGCGGAAAUUGUUGACAUCGGACGAAGACUCAGAAGACGAGGAAAAGAAAUCGGACGAAGACGAGAACAAAAAAGACGAAGAGAAGAACGGCAAAACAAAGGACAAAGAAAAAGAAACUAAGGAAAAGGAUACCAAGGAAUCAAAGAAAAAGAAGAAGGACAAAAAGAAGAAGAAAAAGCCGGAAAACGAUAAGAAAGAUUCGUCCAGCGGUUCCAGUUCGGACAGUUCCGAUUCCGACGGGGACAACAGCAAUUCCAAGCAGAAGAAAAAGCACAAAAAGGAUAAGGAAGGCAUCGCAUCGAACCUGUCCAGCGCUAACAAUUCUCGCUCCGCUUCUCCGAGUAUGUCGCAGCUGGAGGGCAACAAACGCAAGCUGGCCGGUUCUAACAUGCCGAUGGCGGAUUUCACCGGGUCGGACAACAGCAACAGUCCGGUGUCGACGCCAGCCAAGAAGGCCAAAAUGGACUCGACUCCGUCGCUGCCGCCGACUUUCACCGGGCUCGUGAGCUCCAACAGUAGAGAUGACUACGGCAUCACCGAGGAAGCCGUUCGGCGCUACCUGAUGCGUAAGCCGAUGACCACCACGGAACUGUUGACCAAGUUCAAGAACAAGAAAACUGGCGUUUCGAGCGAGAAACUAGUGGAAACGAUGACGGCCAUUCUGAAGAAGAUCAACCCGGUCAAGCAGACGAUCCAAGGGAAGAUGUACCUCAGCAUCAAGGUUCCCAAGUGAACAUGCCAUCGAUCGGUGUGUCUAGCUAGAUCAAGUAAGUGUUGAUUCUAUACGGGGGGCUUACGAUAAAAGCAUAUAAUUCCUAGCGUAAUUUAUUAAUCCUAGUAAGAUAAUCAUAAUACAGUGGCGCAGCGUCGCAAUUUUGA